UUUUUUAAACAUCCUAAAAGAAGAAAAUCCAUGUAUUGUGGAAAGCAGUUACAGGUUUGUCUUCCAAGACCAAUACUGUCGCAAGACACAAGGCAGAGGAAGAGGAAGAUGGUUGCUGCUGGUGGCCUAGUCAACUGCUAUUUCAGGAAAUAACCAUUCCUGAGCUGCAAGUAGGAAGCUAAACUUAGAAGCUUCUCAUGCCACUUGUCGAAACGGAGCCCACAAACAAAUGAACCAAAUUGACCUGUGGAUCGCGUUCGUUGUGAAGUCAAGAACCCCGGAAGAAAAUGCAAUAAAUCCAUACAAAUAUCCGAGUUCUCUCAACAACGGAGGUAAGUCUAAGGACCCUGAAUUGUGAAUCGGAAAGCAGCAAUGGCUCAACUUGAACGCCCCCAACGACACGGUGACUCGGAAUCUACUAUCAUCCACGAGCCGAGAAAACUUACGGCCACUCAAAGCCCAACUAUGGAACAAUAUCUUCGAGGGGGUGAAGUUUUGAGGUCGACAUCCUCACCCUCGUCAACAUCAUCAUCAUCUCCGGUCGGGCACCAUGAUGGAGAAGAAGAUCAUGGACACCAUCACAAGAAAUCUGUUCUCACCAAGGUGAAAGAGAAGGCCAAGAAGCUGAAGCACUCACUCAGCAACAAGAAAAAGCACAGUGAAGGUGAUAACUCUACCCCCACUUGGGGUGCAAGCCCAGUCGAGCAUGAAGAUGAAGAGCAAGAUGCUGAAUAUCUAGGAGCCCCAAUGUACGAAUCAGAGAUGGCACCUGAAGGAUACAAGGAAACUGCAAAGCUGCAACCCCGAGCAGUUCCUGUGAUUUCUGAGAAGCAUGUUUUGCCAAGUAGUGUCACUCCGGGAUUUGAACACGAUAAGGAGAAGCCUCCUAGUCCUAACAAGACAGUGACCAAAACUGCAGGUACGAAGCCUCUUAGUCCUAGAGAGGUAAUCACGGGAACUGUAGCCACGAAGCCUUGUAGCCCUAAAGAGGCAGUCACUGGAACUGUGGCCGCGAAACCUGCAGAUAGUCCUAGCAAGUCAACUGAAAUUGCAAAGACUUCAAGUCCUAACAAGACAAUAGCUGAAACUGUGACUGAGAAGUUGGGACCGGCCUAUGCCACGGUAUCAGAUACAACAUACGCAAUUGCCUCAAAGAUAGAAGGGCUCACUGUUUCAGCCCCUGCUGCUGUAUCCAAUGCAACCCAUGCCAUUGCCUCAAAGGUAGGCCUCGCUGUUGCAGCCCCAACUCCUUCAGAUAAAUCCCCGGAAGCUCCACACACUGUUUCAGCAUCAUCAGCUCUGCAGAACUCUUCAUCCCGGGCAACUCCACAAAUCUUGGCAGCCUCCGAGGGUCCACAACCUUUGUCAGCCCCUGCAGCUCCACAAUCCGGUAAGCACAGUGAUCAAAUAUGGGAUAAGGGUGUUUCUGUAAAGGAGUAUUUGAUUCAAAAAUUUGAGCCAGGGGAAGAUGAAAGAGCACUUUCGCAAGUGAUAUCCGAUGCAAUGAGUCCAAAGAAAGCUUCUGGUGGUGGUGAUGUUGGCAUGGUGGGGAAGGUGAAAGGGGCUAUAAAUUCCAUGCUUUGGAACGAGGAGCCAUCCGAAACCACUACCGCGCAAUCAGCCAUGGCCACAUCACCAAACUCGUCAGCCAUGAUGACUUCAUCACCGCGCAUUCCAGUCUCGACAAAUGCUCAUGAAGCUAUUGAGGAAGAAAAGAAGGGAAGAAUACUGCAGACUAAUUGAAAAGCGGAGUUCAACUGUUGAUAUAAAAAAAUAAUCCUCUAAAUAUUUUUGUACAAGUUUCUAUGCAUCAAUAAGUGUUUCCCAAAAUUCAUUUUACAAUGUUCAUGUAAGCCUUGUAUUUUUUUGCCAAUAAAACCAAUUUUGCAGCUCCAGAAAUUGAAGUUUUUUUCAUGAAAUAAUUGCACAGAAUACCUGUGAACAAUCUUAAAUAGUAAUAUGUAUUCACAAAUUCCCCCAAUAAUCUCGUCAAAAUAUUCUCACAAAAGAGCAAAGUGAAGUAUAAACAAGGGAAUUGAAUUCCGCACUUUUUUUUUUCUCCUCGCGCACUCUUCUAUUUGAUUUUUGUACAUUGAUGAACUGUUGGUUGCAGAAAACAUUUCCCUAGGACUGCCCUGGAUUCCAUCGGAUUGGCCUAAGUUGGAUUAAGUACUGCCCUUCAUUUGUUACUCUAUCGAACGAAAAAGUUGGGACUGUAAAAAUAGUGAUGAUGUGUAUUUGGUGCUAGAUCAACGGAGGGGGCAUAAAAAUUAGGGCGCCUUUACUAAACAUAGGUUACAAGUUCCUAAGUUCAGUGAGGCCAACCAAAUGAGUUCUUAAGUACUCUUUGCAGGAAUAAACGUCUAUCAAUAUUGUCUCAAUCCUGUCGCGAAUGUAAUGAUAACAUGUUGUGAAGUUUUGUUUGCGACAAUGACGACAUAUUAUCAACAACAUAACAUUCAGUUCUUGUUGACUUUUCAAUAGCCGGAGUAUCAAUAGCUAGUUUAAUAAUUAAAACGAAAUAAUUGCAAGAAUCUCCAUAGAAAUACAAGCAUGAAUUACAAAGAAAACAUCAAUAACCCAGCAAACAGAAUAUUUAUUUUCUUCAGCUCCAAUUACUCGUACUGACAGCUACCAUCGUCACUCCUUGCUGCUGGGUUAAAGUUUGCAGCUGUUCGAUCAGUGCAGCCUUCUGGGACUGGUACGUUAACUUGUUGGGCUGCCUUUCC